AUGUUUUCUGCAUGAUAUACUAUUGAAAUGGAGCUUACAAACCAAACAACUGUCUUCAAAUUCUUUCUUGUGGGACUGACAGAUGAUCCAAACCUACAGCCCCUCAUCUUCAGCCUGUUCCUGUCUAUCUACCUGAUAACCAUCUUGGGAAACCUGCUCAUAAUGCUGACGGUCAGCUCUGACUCCCACCUCCACACACCCAUGUACUUCUUCCUCUCCAACCUGUCGUUCACUGACAUCUGUAUAAGCACAACCACGAUCCCAAAGAUGUUGGUGAACAUCCAAACACAGGAUCAGCGAAUCAGUUACACAGGCUGUGUCUCCCAGAUUAGCUUUGUGUUGAUUUUUGGUGGUUUGGAAAAUUGUCUCCUUGCAGUGAUGGCCUAUGACCGCUAUGUGGCCAUUUGCCACCCUCUGACGUACACAGUCAUCAUGAACCUGCUACACUGUGUCUCGCUGGUUCUGCUCUCCCUGAUCAUGACUACUGUGAAUGCUCUGCCUCACAGUCUGAUGGUGCUGCGGCUGUCCUUCUGCACAGACCUGGAAAUCUCCCACUUCUUCUGCGAGCUUGCUCAGGUCAUAAAACUCUCUUGCUCUGACACCCUCAUUAAUUUUCUCCUGAUGAAUUUAGGGACUAGCAUAUUUGCUGGGAUUUCUUUAUGUGGGAUUAUUUUUUCUUAUACUCAAAUUAUCUCUUCUAUUCUGAGGAUUCCUUCUGUGAGUGGAAGAUAUAAAGCCUUUUCCACCUGUGGGUCUCACUUCUUAGUCGUGUCUUUAUUCUAUGGGGCAGGUUUAGGUGUGUAUUUGAGUUCUGCAGUUAAAGGCUCUUCCGUUAAGAAUAUAGUGUCUUCAAUGAUGUACAUUGUGAUUCCUCAAAUGCUGAACCCCUUUAUCUAUAGUUUGAGGAAUAAGGAAAUGAGGGAAUCCUUGACACAUCUCCUCACUAGAUUAACUUACAGCAUAUUAGCCAGUUGUUACUUUUAUUUUUAUUCAGGAGCUCAUUCUGGCCUCCUGGGUCCCUUUGCUCAGGGAAAUCAUUUGGUUGAUAUUGCCACGUGGGCACAGAUUUCCAUGACCCAUUCUGAGCUCACAGAAGACUCUAAGGUAUUGGAGGCCCAACAGACUCAUCAGUUACACCACCUCAAUGCCCAAACCCUUCAUCUCCUCCACAAAAUCACUCGGGAACAAGCUCGACAAAUUACAGGAGAAGCUACCAAACAUGUUAUAGCCCACAUGCUGUCAGCCCUCUCCAUCCUGGGAUAUCCCCAACAGCUCAAAACAAAUAAUGGUCCUGGCUAUACCAGCACCUCUUUUGCUCAAUUUUGCAAGUGCCUCAACAUUCUCCAUACUACAGGUAUUCCCUAUAGUCCUCAAGGACAAGGCUGCUCUGCAGCAUCUCGCUUCUGGCACACGCAGACACAAACACAAUUUGCCUCUGUGUUAUGGUGGGACCCAAUAACCAACACCUGGAAUGGCCCUGACCCUGUCCUCAUCUGGGGCCGAGGCUCAGUGUGUGUUUACUCCAAACAAGAAAAGGGAGCCCGAUGGCUACCCGGGUGA